CAAAAAAAAACAUCAUCCUUAGCAAAUUCACUUUUCUUCUUUGAAAAAUAACAAAAUGAAAUUCACAUUGUUAUGCGCGACUUUGUUGGCCAUCAUUAAUGCCAUACUUGCUUAUCAAUAUGAAAAUUAUCAAGCUGAAUUACAAUCAGCAGUUCAGCAGCCACAACCAACGGUAAGCUAUGCAGACACUUCCGAUGGAUAUAUACCUGCCGGCAGUAUAAGUAUUCCAAGAGGAGUAUAUCGACAAUCACAAACAAAUGGAGGAUAUCAAGCUCAAUCAUCGGUUUACAGUAAACUUGGUGCUGAUUCAUACACAGCAUCUAUACGUGGAUCACAACGUAAUAUUAAAGUUAUUGAUGUUCCAUCAACAUAUUCAUUACCAGCCGAAACAAUGACAAUACAAAUACCUCCAAGUUCACAGCCAUUAACUUUUAUUCUUCAAUCUCGAUCGAGCGAAUUGAAUUUACAAUCAUCUCAUAAAUCGGAUCCUGGUUCAUAUAAAGAAACGAAUUCAGAAGAUGGAUUACAUGUCCUUGUACAUACAGUAACUCGACCAGUAUUACAAGAAAUACGUGAAAUUAUUACUCCAUAUCGUAGGGUGACACAAGAAAUCAAACCAGUACAAGAAACGGCUGAAACAUUGGUUGCCCAGGAUAAACGUGGUUAUAGUAACAAUGCAGAAUCUUCACCUGUACAACCAGCUAAACCAAAACAACAACAACAACAACCAACUGCAUUAGCACAAAAACCAUUGAAAUUGGCUCCAUCACCAAAACCGCAGCCAAAAUCACAAUCACAACAACAAAAUUACAGCCAAAUUCAACAAAAAUCAAUGAAACCAGUUGCAAAACAGCAACCAAUCAAUCGUCCAAAUCCACCAGCACCAGCAGCACAAAAGCCAAAAGCUUAUUGAAAAAAAUUAAUUUGAUAUUCUCUCAAUGAUCUUAUAAUCAAUGAUUUAAAAAUUAACCCUUUUAAUGUUUAAUGAAAAAACC